CGCACGUGUUAUGUAUUACAUACCUACAUAGGUAAAUGUAUGCUUUUUACUGUAGAAAAUAUUAACAAACUAAUCCUGAUUGUUUUUUUAAAUAUACUUUUCCUUUAGAAAAGGGGUAAGUAGUUUAAACCAAUUUGCUAAGGUGUUACUGUGUUAAAGACGACUAUUAUAUUAAAUUCUUACAUACACUAAUAAUAUAUACCUAAUAAUCAUAUAAGUACCUACAGACUAUAAAUACAUACAAUUUUUUUAGUUCUAAUAAGAUUAUAUCCUGAAAUGGCUUCUUUGCACGGUAAAGCACGUGGAUUUUUCAGUCAGUCGCUCCAAAGUGAACACUAAAAUGCUUUUUGUGAGAAAUUUAAUGUUUUUUAUAGUUUUAAGUUUUGCCGAUAGCAAAGUUUUAGAUUUGUAUAAAAUAUGUAAUCAACAUUACGCGAAAAGGGUUUAUCUCGAGUAUGGGGAAUAUGGGACUUUAACUGCCAAAAUGGAACCAACAGAUUUUCAAAAUAAGGUCCACAGUGCUUAUGGAUCGCAUAGAAAAUGCAGCGUGGAGUUUAUUACCUGUCCAUCGUGUGUAAUUCGUAUUAAAUUUAUAUAUCUCAACAUAUCUCGAUCUUGCGGUAAAGCAACUGUUUAUGACAGCUGCGGCUGCGAUUACGUCUGGAUUUACGAACCGCCUUUUGAAGAGGUGUCCGGCGAACAGUUCUGCGGCACGUUCGUCGAAAAUACCACCAGCGCUUUAAACUACAUCAGCCAAACAAAAAGCGUCGCCGUCACUUUUGUACACAGCAACCAGAUUGGACACGCAUUUACGCUCGAUUUUGUAUCCGAAAGAAAUAGAAUUAUCUAUGAUGGUCAUCCGAAAUUUUCCAACAUGAAUAACGUCACUCAGAUCAUAAACUCGCCCUUUUUUCCGUAUUUUUAUCCGAGCGAUAUGAGUGUGGAGUACGUGAUAAGUUGUGUUUCAAGCGAUUUGUGCAGAAUAAGCUUGGUUUUUAGCGACUUUCAAUUGGCUAGAGGAUCAAUUAUUGAGUUUUUCGAUUGGAAUGGCCAAAGAAUGUUUGUGACUGAUGGAGACAUAUUUCGACCGCCGGUUAUAGUAAGCAAUGGACCAUCUCUAACUGUCAGAUUUUACGCCAAUGGUGCGUUCGAUUAUGGUUUUAAAGCGACGUAUAAUUUUUUAUUGGGUAAUCUAAACGACAUGACUUUUAAACCAGAUAUAGGGUGUGGUGGUAACGUAAACAAUCUAGGAGGUGGCAUAACAAUGAUGAAUAUGCUGGAGGAAGGAACGAAAUAUUACGAUUGUGUUUGGAUAAUAACACCGCCAGCGACAAGUUUUCAUCUGAAAACCCAUUUGUAUGUAAAGGUUAUAAUUUUUUCGAAUUUCGCUGGAACCACAGAGCUAGCAAUUAGGCAAGGCUUAACUUCCAGCGAACCCGUAAUAGAAUCGAUUAAACAGUCUUUAUUUAAUUUUGCAACUGCCAAGGAAAAAGAACACGUGGUUCCCAUAAAACAAGGAUUCUAUAUCACGUUGAAAGGACUGUUUAAACCGGAAUCAAAACUGGCCAUUGUAUAUGCUGCAUUUAACUAUAAAGAUUGUUAUGCUGGUUCAGACUUUUUAUGCAACAAUUUCAGAUGCAUUUCGGCGUUAUUAAAUUGCGAUGGUUUCGAUCAUUGCGGGGAUAAUAGUGAUGAAUCUAUUUCUUGUUCUGAGAAUCCUAAAGAUAGAAGACAUCGAUCUAAAACCCCUAAUUUUUUGUUUCCGAAAACGGAACAGUAUUCCGAUGUUUCUACGGCAACUAUUAUUUUUUUAAUCUGUGGAUUUGGUUUAUUGGGUAUAAUUAUGGCACUCGCUUUACUUCUUUUUAGAAUAAACAUGAAAGCAAGACAUCAACGGCAAAUUCAAAACCAUCUGGAAACCAUUCAUGCAAUAUUAGAGGAAAGUGUUGUCGAUGUGGAAGAAGAAAUUAUUAUACCAGACGACCCUCCAGAUUACGAAGCCCCUCCUGAGUACUGUGAUACUCUUAAGACUGGAGCAAUAAAAAAGAAAAUUAAAAGAAGGCCAGUCCCAACAAUUCCAGCGGGAACAAGCAGUUUAAUGACAAAUGAAAACCUGCCAAACACUACACAUACGAGUAGUAAAACUACACCCACAUCUCCACCACCUCCGUACAUCGGAAAUACUUCGAUUAGUAUGACUAUCGACCAAGAAGAGGGAAGAGAUUUCAUAAGCUUACCAAGUGAUAAUAACAACGUUCAACAACCAGAAAGACAUUCUUUGACACCCAACGUGGACGAGUCAAUUUUUUCGAUGUACCUCGACCAUAUCCGAUCGGCUUUUAGUUGGAACAACAUAGAAGUUUCGGUGCGUCGAAGUUUUCGCUACUACAAAUCGGAGAAUGCUUUGAAACGCGAGGACAGCUUGUCGCAAAACGAUACAAAUAUAAUUAAAUACUCGUCGGAUACAGAACUGCAAUAUUUGAGCACUGAUGCUAUCGAUCAAUUCUGGCCCCGGGUGGGAAAUGUUUGUUUUAAAAAAAGUCUCUCUUCCGAUAAUAUUUAAAUUAGGUAUGCACCUACUUAAUUAUUAUUAAUUUAAAUAAAAAGUGUAAAACUUAUUCAUUUGUU